AUGGAGAGCCUCAGUGAGCUCCAGAAUCCUCUUCUGGACAAAAGCAGUAAGCACAUUGUCCAUGCUUACCACUAUGACUACCCAAGUCAACAGCAGCACCAAGACAGCCUGGGGGACUGUGUCUACAGCGGGAGCCGUGACGAGCACAAGUCUCAACAGUUCCUGGACGCCACUUCGUUGCAUUUGGCGGUGGAAGCCUUCUACAAGCCCGACUUUAUCUCGUGCAAAGAUGACGUCAGCCUGAAUAGCAAAGACUCAAAAAGUGAGAGCUUUGAGACCACCUUCACCGAAAAUAAGGACGCGGCGCAAGGAGGUGACCGUGCAGAGAACCAGCACGGUAGCACGCAAGGGGAGAAGGAUGUGAAGAUACAGACGGUCUCGUAUGAUGUGGAGGACGAACCAGUUCCUGAGUACGAGAGCGACAGUUCCAGUGAGAGCGAGAGUGAGGACAACUUCCUGGUACUUCCUCCUCGGGACUACCUAGGCCUGACCAUCUUCUCCAUGCUCUGCUGCUUCUGGCCUUUGGGCAUUGUUGCCUUCUGCUACUCUCACAAGACCGGCAAGGCCGUCGCUAAGGGAGACUUCUCCAGAGCGGGAAUGAGUUCCAGGAGAGCCCUUUUCCUGGCUGCGCUUUCCAUUACCGUUGGUACAGGCAUGUAUGUGGGGGUGGUGGUGGCCCUCAUUGCUUACCUGUCCAAACCUGGACAUGUAUAG